CAUGAACACAUGGAGACAAGAAAUUACUCUGCAGUGACUGAAUUCUUUCUGGUGGGGCUUUCCCAAUAUCCAGCGCUCCAGCUUUUUCUGUUCAUGCUCUGCCUCAUCAUGUAUGUGAUAAUCCUCCUGCGAAAUAGCAUCCUUAUUAUCAGGAUCCUGGAUUCUCACCUCCAUACCCCCAUGUAUUUCUUUCUUGGAAACCUCUCAUUCUUGGACAUCUGUUACAUAUCAUCAUCCACUCCUCCAAUGCUUAUUAUAUUUAAUAAGCAUUAUUACCCACCACCAAUUUCUGAGAGAAAAUCCAUCUCCUUCAUUGACUGUGCUCUGCAGAUGGUUGUGUCCCUUGGCUUGGGCUCCACUGGUGUCCUCCUGGCUUUAAUGGCCUAUGACUACUAUGUGGCCAUCUGCAACCCACUGACGUACUCCAUCAUCAUGAAAAGAGUGCUGUAUGUGCAAAUGGCUGCAUGGUCCUGGAUCAUAGGCUGUCUGAAUUCCUUAGUGCAGACAGUCCUGACAAUGGUGUUGCCUUUCUGUGAGAAUAACAUAAUCGAUCAUCUUACCUGUGAGAUCCUGGCUCUUCUUAAAGUCAUAUGCUCAGAUAUCUCCAUGAAUGUGUGUAUAAUGACAGUGGCAAGUAUUGUUUUAUUGGUGAUUCCUCUUCUGUUAAUUUUCUCCUAUGUGUUUAUUCUCUCUUCCAACUUGAGAAUUAAUUCUGCUGAAGGAAGAAAGAAAGCCUUUUCUACCUGUUCAGUGCACUUGACUAUGGUCACCUUAUUCUGUGGUUCAGCCCUUUUCAUGUACAUGAAACCCAAAUCAAAGUUCACAAAAGCAUCUGAUGAAAUCAUUGGAUUGUCUUACGGAGUGAUCACCCCAAUGUUGAACCCCAUCAUCUACAGCCUGAGGAAUAAGGAGGUAAAAGAAGCUGUGAAGAAAAUCCUCAGCACUUGCAUCUGUGGAAAAUAUGAAAGGCCUUGA